GAUUGCAAUGCAGCGAUAGUCAAAACAAGCACAAUAUUUAUCGAUUAGACUAAUUUGUCGUUAUAAUAAUAACAAUCCAAGUCCAAAGUACGCGAAGAACCGCAAUUGAUAAAUUGCAAAUUUAAAGCAAAAAGAUGGCUUCAACUGGGCUGCUGGUGGUGUCUAAUAUCAAGCAACUGGGAAAAUCUUUGCGAAGCAUUGAAAAAUACGUAAACUCGCUGUACAUUCACUUAAAUGUGAUAGGCUCAACACAAUCAGCAUCGUCACCAGCUUGGGGUCGGCUUAUAUCACAGUUGUAUGCCGAUGGUAGCAGCUAUGUGGGCAACAAAGUGGAUCUACGCGUCCUGGUGGCACCGCUCAAGAAGCACUCAGCUGACAGCAAGCUGUCACUACGAAAACCUGUUGAUAUGAUAUUCUCGGAUGCACAUCAGCCGGAGCUGUGCGACAGGCUGCGCAACGCUUUAAACAUAAGUCAGCCAACGAUCUUUCUAAAUGACACCAACAGCUGUGAUUUUCAGCUACUGGAAACUGAUUUCAAUCAGAAGUCUUAUCCCACAGUUGUCCUGGGCGGCACCUUUGAUCGCAUACACAUUGGCCACAAGAUAUUUCUCACGCAGGCCGUGCUACGCGCCUGCAAACGGCUCGUCGUGGGCGUCACAACGGCUACAAUGACUAAAGGCAAAAUAUUGCCAGAGCUUAUUUUGCCCGUGGAGCAAAGAAUUGCAGAAUUGCGCGAGUUCCUAUUGGACAUAGAUAACACGCUGCAAUAUGAUAUUGUGCCCAUUGAUGAUCCGUUUGGACCGACGCAACAUGAUCCUGAUAUGGACUUAAUUGUUGUCAGUGCCGAGACGUUGCGUGGCGGUCAAAAGGUCAACGAAAUACGAGCCACCAAACAGCUGCGCCAACUAGAUAUAUUUUCUAUUGAUAUUGUGGAGAGUAAUGUAACUGAUGGGAUACACGAGUCGAAGGUCAGCUCCAGCAAUACACGCAUAGAUUUGCUGGGCACACGCUGGCGACUGCCGGAGCCACAUCCAAAACUACCUCCACGGCCGUAUAUUAUAGGACUUACAGGUGGCAUUGCAUCGGGCAAGAGCAAAAUGGCUGAGCGUCUGGGCAAGAUGGGCGCCUAUGUGAUCGACUGUGACAAGGUGGCGCAUGAUGUCUAUGAGCCCGGACAAACGUGCUAUGAGAAAAUAGUCAAACAUUUUGGAGAGGACAUUCUCUCAGACGAUGGUCGGAUUGAUCGCAAAAAGUUGGGUCCACUAGUAUUUGCCAAUGUACAAGAGCUGGACACGCUAAAUUCCAUCGUGUGGCCAGAGCUAAUGGUGGAGGUGAAUAGACGAUUGGACGAAUUGCGCGCUGCAACGAAAGUGCCUAAGGUCGUGGUUCUGGAGGCAGCGGUGCUGCUGAAAGCGGGCUGGGAGAUUCAUUGUCAUGAAGUGUGGUCAAUGAUUGUGACCCCAGAUGAAGCAGUUCGGCGUAUUAUCGAACGCAACAAUCUAAGUGAAAAAGAAGCUCGCAAUCGAUUGGCCAAUCAAGUGAACAACGCGGAUAUUGUUGACAAGUCUCAAGUAAUCUUCAGCUCGCAAUGGGAUUACGAUUUCACACAGAUGCAGGCGGAGCGAGCUUGGAAAAUGCUCAACAAGGAGCUCGAUGGUCGGCCACUAAGUAGUCUGUGAUUAAGCUGUGGAUAUUAUUAA